GAACGACAUCCGAAAGCCAACGGAACGCAAUUCGGAAAGUACCCAGUGUCUUGGGAGGUCACAUGUUUCAAAGAUUCUCCGCUGGUGACAUACAUUUCGAUUAUUAACACUUAGGUAGAUUGGACCAAAGUGGCAGAUGUCUCCUUGGACGUAAUAAUGAGUCGGUUUCCUCUGGUUGAGAGCCCGAGCACUUAAUUACCACCAAAAAGGGAUCUCGGAAUUCAUAUAGCGCCACUAGCUGCCGCUCAAUAAAUUUCAUUAGCGUGCCAGUAUAUGUGUUGUUGAUCGUUGGCCGUCAUUUCAUUCUCGCAUCUCUAUUCAAGCAUACGCAGAAUGGAAGACGCGAAGAAGAAGAGGCCGAACUUCCUUAUCAUUGUAGCCGAUGAUUUGGGCUACAGCGACAUUGCGCCGUAUGGCGGCGAGAUAAACACACCCAACCUGAGCCAGCUAGCCAAGGAUGGGGUCCGCCUCACCAACUUUCACACUGCUUCUGCAUGCUCUCCCACGAGGGCCAUGCUCUUCUCGGGCACGGACAAUCAUAUAUGUGGGCUGGGCCAAAUGGACGAGUACCUGCGGGAUAAGCGCGAGUAUUAUAAAGACAAGCCGGGCUAUGAGGGCUACCUUAACUGGCGAGUGGCAGCCUUGUCUGAGAUUCUCCAGGAUGCCGGUUACCAUACUAUGAUGUCUGGCAAGUGGCACCUGGGUUUUUCGAAGGAAUUAGCACCGUGCUCCAGGGGCUUUGACAAAAACUUCACUUUUUUGCCAGGGUCCGGAAACCACCAUGGCUGGGAGCCGCAGCUGGCUGACGGCAUCAAGCAUCCCCCAUGCAUCAAGACACGGGAUUUCUGGAUGGAGGGCGAUGAAUUUAUCAAGAUGACGGAUCUGCCGGAUAGUUUCUACUCCACGACGUCGUUUACGGACAAGUUACUGGAGUACCUCAAACUGCGCCACCAGUCUGGCGCUGAACAGGGAAAGCAAGGUGACGAAAAGCCUUUCUUUGCAUAUCUGCCAUUUAUGGCACCCCAUUGGCCGCUGCAGGCAUCGAGAGAGGUGAUGAAAAAAUACGAGGGUGUGUACGACGACGGCCCUGAUGCACUCACGCAAAAAAGAUUGAAGAAAAUGAAAGAACUGGGCAUCAUCCCGCCAGAUGUUGUCCCUGCACCACCCGUGGGCUUGCUGGGCAAGGAGUGGGACGAGAUGACUCUGGAGGAGCGUAAGUUGUCGGCACGCAAGAUGGAGACUUUUGCGGCCAUGGUGGACAUCAUCGACACUAACGUCGGGCGCGUGGUUGAGUAUCUGAAGUCUGCGGGAGAGCUGGACAACACAAUGAUUUUGUUUAUGUCUGACAAUGGGGCUGAAGGGGCGGUCCUGGAGGCGGUACCCCUGAUGGGAGGACCAGAGACAUUUGGUGGAGUGAUUAAUGAUCAUUAUGACAAUCGAUAUGAGAAUAUUGGCAACAAGACGUCAUUUGUGUGGUACGGGCCACGAUGGGCUUGUGCGGCAUCGGCUCCUUCACGGGCCUUCAAAACAUGGAUCACUGAGGGGGGUAUCCGAUGUCCUUGCAUAAUACACUAUCCUCCUCUUACCGCGACAGGGCCAUCAAGCACAGGUACAGGCACCAUUAGCGACGCCUUCACCACCGUCAUGGACAUCCUACCCACGAUUCUUGACCUCGCCGACGUCCCCCACCCAGGCAGGCUUUUCCGCGGCCGCCCCAUCGAGCCCCUCCGCGGCAAAUCCUGGUUGCGCCUCCUCUCUUGUGCCUCCAUCACCGUCCACGGCGAGGACUCUCACGUCCAUGGUUGGGAGUUGUUCGGCCAGCAAGCCAUCAGAAGGGGUUGCUGGAAGGCCGUUUGGAUUCCAGCGCCACGAGGGAAAGACGAUUGGGAGCUGUAUGACCUGGCGAGGGACCCUGCAGAGAUGAAGGACCUAGCAGCGCAGGAGUCAGAGGUGCUAGCGGAACUGCUGAGGCUGUGGGAGGAGUACUAUGCGGAGACCGGGAUGACGAGCUUGCCUGGGCCGCCCCCAAUCAAGGGGUGAUGCGGUACACCUGUCUCAACAUAGAUUUUAUCUAGAUCAGCAUC